UUAAAAGGCGAGUCGCAGUUCCAUCGAUUUAGUUGAUCCUUAUCAAUUGCGCUGAAAAUGGUUUUGGAAAAAAACGGAGGUGUUGCACUCGCCCAUCCCUUGCAAGGCGAGGAGAUCGUCAUUACCGGGAUGUCUGGGCGUUUUCCCGAGUCGGACGACAUCUACCAGUACAGGAGAAACAUCUACAACAAAUUUGACAUGAUCACCAGCGAUAAUCGGCGCUGGUUACCGACCAACCCCGAGAUACCCCAUCGUAUUGGUAAAAUUAAUCAUCUCGAAAAACUGGACGCUGGCCAAUUCGAUUUGCAUUACUUCGAGGCCAACCAGAUGGAUCCCAUGAUCAAGAUUUCUUUGGAGAAGGCGUACGAGGCGAUCGUUGACGCCGGUUACAACGUGAACGAGAUGAACGGUGCGAACUGUGGUGUCUUCAUAGGGUGCUGCUUUUCGGAAAGCGAGGAGUUGAUUGAUUCCUUCUUCUUUAGGAGUUCUAGAUCUAUGACUUCGCAACGCAUCAGUCACUACUUCAAUCUGAAAGGGCCGUCUUAUAUUACUGACACGGCGUGCAGCAGCUCACUUUACGCUUUGGAGCACGCGUACCGAGCCAUUCGGACUGGUCGAUGCGACAGCGCAUUAGUUGGCGGAGUCAGCUUGUGCCUAAACCCCAUAGCAUCUCUCCAGUUUGCUCGGUUAGGUGUUCUGAGUGCGGACGGGAUGUGCAAGCCGUUUGAUGAAGACGCGAAUGGUUACGCCCGCUCUGAGACAAUUUCCAUUGUCUUCCUGCAGAAGGCUAAGGAUGCUCGGCGAAUUUACGCACAGUUGUUGCACACCAAAACAAACAGCGACGGCUACAAGGAGCAAGGGAUAACGUUCCCGUCGAGCGAAAUGCAAAAGGUCCUCUUAGACGACACCUACGAGGAAUGCCGACUGGAUCCCACAAUAAUCGACUUCCUCGAAGCGCACGCCACUGGUACCAGGGUCGGCGAUCCCGAAGAAAUGGCCGCGAUGGAGCAAGUCUUCUGCACCAACCGCGACGCACCACUGUUCGCCGGCUCCAUCAAGUCCUACCUGGGUCAUACGGAGGGCGCGAGUGGAAUAUGCUCGCUGGUCAAGGUUCUGAUCGGAAUGGAGGACGACUGCCUUUUGCCAAACAUCCACUACGACAAACCGCGGCAGAGCAUAAAGGCUUUGAUUGAGGGCAGAGUGGUGGUCCCUUUAGACAAAAUGCCAUGGCCGAAAAACGGCUCGGGUGUGGUUGCGAUUAACUGCUUUGGCUUUGGCGGGUCAAAUGCGCACGUUAUCCUUAAGAGAUUCGAGCAACGAAAGGUUAAUGGAGGAUUGCCCGAAGAUGACUUACCGCGACUCAUGUGCGUAAGUGGUCGCGUGCCGGAAUCGCUGGAAAGCAUAUUUGAUGACAUCAGUGGGCGUAAACUGGACGCUGAGUAUUGCAGGUUACUUCAGGAGGCAUUCAAGGGUACCACCACUGACCACCCUUACCGUGGCUACAUAAUCCACUCCAAAGCUGGCGAGCUGAAGCGAAGCUCGAGGAGGUUCGACAGCAGCAAGAGUCGCGUAUGUCUCCUCCUUCCAGGACCAACUGUGGAGCUCCUCGAGAUCGGCAGUGGACUGUUCAGAUUUUCAGCGUUUUCCGCGGCCGUAGAGAGAAUCGCCUCGUUUUUACCACAUGAGGUUCAUCUAACCAAGAUAAUAAAAAAUUGCGAAUGCAAAGGGGGGCGAGAAUUAGUACUCGCGAAUUUGGCCAUUCAGCUCGCCUUCAUCGAGCUGCUCAAGAAGCUAAAUUUAUCGUUAGACUACACGGCGGGGAUGUCCAUUGGAGAGUUAUCCGCCGGUUAUGCAAACGGGCGGAUUAAUUUCGAACAGGCAAUCGCGGUCGGGUACGAAAUUUCUCGACUGGUGGGCGACGAUCUACGUCUCGAGUACGCCUUAAGUACCAAAAGCUCGCUGCUGUUGAGCCGGCUACAAAAAGUGGUACCCAGUCCGGAAGUGAUACUUCAUAGUCUCCUAAACCCGAAACCUUUGGAAGCGCGCGAGUGGCAGCAGAGCCAUUAUUCCGAACUGGCAGUGGUCGUGCUCGGUUCCGAUCGGAUUCGGCUGAACGGUUUCUCUUCCUUGCACAUUUCCGGCUCAGAUGCCGUGACCUCAUUUCUGGAUGUUGUGGGAGGUCUUUACAAGCUCGGGCACAAUCUCAACGUGGAAGCUCUGUCCCCGCCAGUCAAGUGGCCGGUUGGUCAUGGAACGCCCAUGAUCUCGCCGCUCAUUAAAUGGAACUACGACUUAGAUUGGUUUACAAAACUUCACACGAAGACGGUCUUGCAUACGGGCGCCCAAGUUAUUCCUUUGGUUAACAAGACGAUUGACUGGUCCAUCUUACCAGGCCACGUCAUUGAUGGUAUGACGAUAAUGCCCGCAACCGGAUACCUCUUCAUGAUCUGGGAGACGUACUGUAAAAUUGUGGACGUUCCAAUGAACGGUUCUCGGGUGCGCUUCGACAACGUGAGAUUCCACAAAGCCGUCCACAUUUCCAAAAUAUCGGAGAUGGAAUUCAAGAUGACCAUCGGCCGAGGAACGAACAGAUUUGAGAUCGGAGACGUCGACGAAGUGAUCGUUUCCGGAAGCAUACGCACUCUCUCAGACACGGAUGAAUUCAUUGAUCUUGCCUUGUCACCGGAAGAUGACGAAGGAAUCUCUUUCGCGUCCAAAGAUAUUUACAAAGAGUUACGACUGCGGGGUUACAACUACUCGGGAGCGUUUCGCGCGCAGGAAACAGCCCAUAUAUCCGGAUUGAUCAGCUGGAUUAAAUGGGAACGUAACUGGAUCGCAUUCAUCGAUAACAUGCUGCAGACGAAGCUACUCGGGGAAGAUACGCGAAGUCUGUACGUCCCCACGUUCAUCGGCCAGUUGAAGAUUGACGCCAUGAAGCACUUCGAGUACGUUAAGCAGCUGGACAACCCAUCUCUACUGCCUGUGUAUAAUCACCGCGAGGCUGAUGCAAUCAGCUGUGGAGGUAUCGAGCUGCGGAAGCUUUACGCGACGCCAAUUCUGCGCCGUAAGGUGACCGCCGAGCCGGUCCUGGAGACGCACAAGUUCGUGCCUUUUAACACCGAGCUGCCUAUGCAAUCUGCGAUGCGCGUCCUGGUGCAGAUCUUCCUUGAGAACACACUCUCGCUGAAGGUUAAGAUCGUGGAGGUCGCGCAAAUUGACGCGAUAUCUCCAAUUCUGCAAGAGGCUUUGAAUGACCAGCCGCUGGUUAAGACUGAAGUUAUCAUUUUGGGCGACGAAAACUUGAGUGUUCCAAACAUGAAGGUCCACAACAAGGCGUUGUCCACCGAGAAACAGUGCGCGAUAGUCAUUGUAGAGGGGGCAUCGGGUAACCUUGAACUACUCAAGGAGGCUGAAGGUGUUCUCAAGGAGAACGGUAUUAUUAUCUCCAGGGAAAGAGGUGAGUUCACUGCAAAUUUCCCUGGCCACGCGCUUCUGGCGCAAGUUAAAACUGAAACGGAAACGCUGGUGUUGCUGAGGAAGGUUGUGAGCUACCGGAAAGAGCAUGUGAUCAUGGCCAAGUUUGAUGGUACGGCUUACGACUGGUUGCCCAAACUUCAGAGUGCCAUGCGAAAUGAAACCAAAACGUUGGUUGUUGUUGAAAAUGAGCCCCUAAGCGGCGUGCUCGGCUUUGUCAAUUGUCUAAGACGCGAACCUGGGGGAAUGAAUGUGAAAUGCGUCUUUGUUCAGGACGGGAAAGUUAAAUUUAACCUCUCCGAUCCACUCUUCCGCGAACAGUUGGACAAGGACCUAGCAAUUAACGUGUUGAACCAAGACGUUUGGGGUAGCUAUCGCCAUCUGCCGCUGGAGCGCGUGACAGAGGUUGAAACGCAGCACGUCUUCUGCAACCAGAACGUCGUUGGAAACUUGUCGACGCUCAGUUGGGUCGAAGGGCUACUCUCGCAAGAUAACUCCAAGGAACCCGAACGAUCAGUCAAGGUAUACGCCAGUUCCAUCAACUUCAUGAAUGUUAUGUUGGCUUCCGGUCGUGUUCCUUCGGAGGCGUACACAAAGGAUCGGCUUGCUUUAGCCACAGCGCAAGGUAUUGAGUACGCUGGGAUUGAUGCAAGGGGCGAGAGGGUAAUGGGAAUUCUACAGUAUGGGGCUAUGGCCAGUUCCGUUGUCCCCGACGGGGAAAUAAUCUGGAGGAUACCCUGUGAGUGGACUAUGGACCAGGCCGUCAGUAUUCCGAUUACCUACUCGACGGUGUUGUGCAGUUUCUUCGUGAGCGCCCAUCUCAAACCGGGACAAAGUCUCCUGAUACACUCCGGGGCUGGAGGCGUAGGACAGGCCGCCAUCUACAUUGCCUUGUCCUACAAGUGCCAAAUAUUUACAACUGUCGGUACCGAGGAGAAGAGGAAGUUCAUUAUGGAAACAUUCCCAGAGAUACCAGCUAGCCACAUCGGCAACUCUCGCGACACCUCCUUCGUGCAGAUGGUUUUAAAGCACACGAAAGGAAGAGGAGUCGACUUGGUUUUAAACUCUCUAGCCGAGGAAAAGCUCAAAGCGUCACUUCAGUGCCUUGCGCCGAAAGGAUACUUCGUCGAGAUAGGCAAAUACGACUUGGUCAACAGUAACAAACUUGCACUCUCUGUACUUAGCGAAGGGCGUAGCUAUGCCGGCUGCAUGUUGGAUAUGUACUUCAGAGACUUCCACAAUCAAAAGCACAAACUACAACAAAUUCUGAGUAAAUUCCUGAAACAAGGAGCGGUUAAGCCUUUGUCCCUCGCCACCUUCAACAUGGACCAAGUGGAAGAAGCUUACCGUUUCAUGGCGGCAGGCAAACACGUAGGAAAAGUCGUCGUCAAGGUUCGCGAUGAAAACCAGCAAUCACCAGAACUAUUCAAGGCUCUCCCAAGAUUCUCUUGCGACCCUUGCAUGACGUACAUCAUUUUAGGAGGCUUGGGAGGCUUUGGACUGGAACUGGUUGAUUGGUUGAUACUAAGAGGUGCCCGCAAGUUAGUUUUAGUCUCUAGAAAUGGUGUCCGAAAUGGCUACGCUGCGUCCAGGCUUAGAGUUUGGAAAACGUACGAGGCUACCAUAAGGGUGGCCACAGAUGACGUCACCACCGAAGAAGGUUGCGCGCGGCUGUUGGAGAGCUCGGAGAAGCUUGCGCCCGUAGCCGCGAUCUUCAAUUUGGCCGUGGUUCUUCGAGAUGACCUCUUCGAGAACCAGACGGAGGAGAACUUCGUGAAUGCACUCUCGCCGAAGGCCCGUGCGACGCAGCACCUAGAUAUCCUAAGUCGGCAGCUCUGCCCUCGGCUACAGAGAACAUAA